CUGGAGGAGAGAAGGGCGAGUCCGGGUGCGGGGCGGCUCUCCUCCCGCCAGGGGCCGCUCCUGGCCCGCGCCCGCGUCCUGCCCGGGUGGCGCUCUCAGGAGCGAGCGAGCGAGGGAGCGAGCGAGCGCGGCAGAGCCCCGUUCCCGGCCCGCCCGGCUGCCUGCCUGCCUGCUUGUCGGAGGGGCAGAGAUGCUGGAUGAGGGCGGCGGUGCCCGGAGGAGCCCCUCUCCCUCCCUGCCGCUGGGCCAGGCGGGGCCCCUCUCCGUAGGGAAGCAGCCUUAGAGAGAGAGAGAGAGAGAGCGAGCCUGCCUUGCCCGCCCGCCCGCCCGCCUUGCAGCAUGGCGAAGGAGAGGAGCCGGGACGCCCUGCUGUCGCUGCUGGCCAAGGAAGGCAACCAGGUCUGUGCGGACUGCGGGGCCCCAGACCCCGACUGGGCCUCGUACACGUUGGGGGUCUUCAUCUGCCUCAGUUGUUCGGGAAUCCACCGCAACAUCCCGCACCUCAGCAAAGUGAAGUCGGUGCGUUUGGAUGAGUGGGACGGUGCGCAGGUGGAGUUCAUGGCGUCCACCGGAAACACUGCCAUGAGAGCAAAGUACGAAUCGGAGAUCCCGCCGUUUUACUACAAGCCCACUUUUUCCGACUGCCUGCUGCUAAGAGAACAGUGGAUCCGAGCCAAGUACGAACGGAAGGAGUUCAUCUACAUUGAGAAGCAAGAGCCUUACUCUGCAGGGUAUCGGGAAGGAUUCCUUUGGAAGAGAGGCCGGGACAACGGUCAGUUCCUGACCCGGAAGUUUGUCCUUUCGGAACGGGAAGGCGCCUUGAAGUAUUACAACAAAAACGACGCAAAGGAUCCCAAAGCCAUUAUGAAGAUUGAGCAUUUGAAUGCCACUUUCCAGCCUGGCAAAAUCGGGAACCCGCACGGGCUGCAGAUCACAUACCUGAAGGACAACAGCACCCGGAACAUCUUCAUCUACCACGAAGAUGGCAAGGUGGGGCCCCGAAGAGAUGGUGGACUGGUUCAACGCCAUCCGAGCCGCCCGCUUCCACUACUUACAAGUGGCGUUCCCCGGCGCAAGCAACGCGGACCUGGUGCCCAAGCUUUCCCGGAACUACCUGAAGGAAGGCUACAUGGAAAAGACGGGGCCAAAGGUGGGACGCGCUGUGUUUUCUGUCUGUGCCAAAAGCAACAAACGGAAGGCUUCAAGAAGCGUUGGUUCACCAUGGACGAUCGGCGGCUCAUGUAUUUCAAAGAUCCCCUGGAUGCCUUUGCCAGGGGGGAAGUCUUCAUCGGGAGCAAGGAAAACAGCUACAAGGUGCUGGAAGGACUCCCUCCGCCCACCCAAGGGAACCACUGGCCGCACGGCAUCACCAUCGUCACCCCGGACAGGAAGUUCCUUUUCGCCUGCGAGACGGAGACCGAACAGCAGGAGUGGAUCUCGGCCUUCCAGAAAGUGAUCGGCCGGCCGAUGCUGCCGCAGGAAUACGCAGUGGAAGCCCAUUUCAAGCACAAGCCCUAACAAGCCAAGGAACAAGAACUCAGUGACAAUACGCAAUGACAAUGCCCGUCCUUUGCCACGCUACUGUCGGACUACCAGAUCGGAGGUGCUAACCGCUAAGGCAAUGAUGGCAAGCCAAAGCAGACUUUAUUGAGAAACACCGCAUUUCUUGAGCUGUCGGCGACGUGGUUCUUCACAGCCUGGGCUCUCUGAGACAUUUCCUUCGAAUGUGAUGUGACUUGCUACGUUGAGUAAGGGAUUUCCCAUUGGGUCAAAUGGUCCCCCCCCCGUCCAUCCCCCCCGCAGAGCUUUCCCUAAACCGGUAGGAUCGGACUCCCACCUGGCUAAGGAUCGGUCGUACUCUUGUGUCUGGAACACUUCCCUUUGCUUUGACAAUAUCUCGGAAACACUUGCAGAAGAAGGUCGUUCAUCUCUGCCCAACAAGAAGGAACCACUGUUUAGCCGAAAGGGAAUUCGGGCACGAUGCUGAAAUUUUGGCAAAGGAUCCGCAUCGUCUUGCUAUCAACCAGACAACAUGUAUGCUUAGUCAUUGGGAUGCUUUGCCUCUUGUCUGCUGGUUUGUGGGUGUUUAGGUGUGCUGGAGUCAGAGUGAUGUGUUCCAAGACAUGGAGUCAAGGAGAAUUUGGGGCCAAAUCCAUGCUUUAACUGGCAAGGCCGACAGCGGUCUUCUCAGUCGUGAGGAGGGAGGUAGAAGAGGAGGCGGUAAUGAGGGUGUUUAUUUAUUUAUUUGCAGUAUUUAUACCCCCCCUUCUCAUCCCAAAGGGGACCCUGAGCAGCUUACAGAACAUACAUACCGUAAACAUAACAAUUGACAAGGACAGACAACACAGACAGAGGCAAAGGCGGUUUUCCCCCAUCUUGUUUCCGGCGUCUUGGAGGUUCUUAUAAAUCCAAAAGCGAGGCAGUUCAAGAAUAGUCCCAAAAUCCAAAAGCAACUUGAGUCCAUAAGCAAAACUUGAACGAGGAUGCACAACAUGAACAUGGAAAACCCCCCAGAAUACUUGAAUCCCAAAACCAGGGCAAGAACUAGAGAACCCAGGCCUGGCUGUAACUUAAAAGCCACGUUGCCUGAACUGAAAAGAGCACUUCGCUCCUAAUAUACAGACAUGAAAGCAUGACGCCUCCCCUGGAACUUGUGCUUCCCACCGAGGUUUGCGGAGAGGCGUCUUGACCUACGGAGCUGGCUAUCUGCUCAGGUCAGUGUCGCCAGGUGUGUUCCCAUGAGAAUUUCUCAUUAAUUCAUCUUCGCUAGACUUCCUAUCAGGAGAGGACGAUUCCAACUCCCGUGAAUGUUCUUGAAGGUCUGGAGGAUCCUCCGCUCCUGGAUUCGGCCUUGCACAAAUUCUUCAGGAGAGCUAAUGAAACAUUCCUGCUUUCCCCACCUGUAGUAAGGUAUGGCCACCUGGUCUCUCCUGGCUGCCACUAUAUUUAUCUCUUCUAUUUAAACUAUUCGGUUCAGUCAGGUGAGAUGAGAUGGUCGCCGUGUUUCACCUUUUGCUGAUUGGUUGGGUUUGGGACAAUAGGACAUCCCCGAAGGAGGAGCAUUGACCAAAGGGGUUUGGUUUUGCUCACAAUCAUUAACUUGUUCUGAAAAGGGAAACUCUCUUGCGUACGGUCUGUUUAAGGUGUCCGACCUGCAUUUCUCUCCCAAGCCAGUGUUUGUAAAAUAAGUCCCCCCUCGCCUGUUGUAUAUAUUUGUUAAGCCACUGGUAAUCCAACUGUGAGACUAAAUGUCAUGUGUACCAAUAAAUUAUUAUUAUUAUUCUGGCAACUCA